AUGGACCACGGUACACUAUCCACCGUGGCGAAGUGUCUCACCGACCUGCAGCCUCAGGACGUCAUCCAGUGCUUCCGGAUGCUGGACAAGGUGCACAACAGCCACUAUAGUUUGCGCCGUCCGUUCUUUUCAAGCAAGACGGUCUACACGGAGAUCACACUGUGGAUCAACACGUUGAUCUGUCUUGCAGACGUUCACGCCGAACUCAGAGACGAGCAUUGGCGCGACACCGUGCGCGCCCUCUACUCGUACCUCCCCUUCAGUCUUCGAUAUUAUAAUCCAGACAUGACGGAGCCGCCGGAUCUGGAUGUCGAUGUCGGGCUCACAGGAUGGAUCCUUUCCGCGAUCUCGUCUCUCUCAUUCACCGAGCACGACGUGUUCCCUGCGUCUAAUCAUCCUUCCGCUGCCCUUCUCGCCAUUAGGGGCUUGCUCCUCCACAUCAAGCCGCCCACCGACGGCAGUGUAAUCCGGUCCGCUGCCGCGGCUGUUGGCCACCGCAUACAGCAGGACAAGCCGCAGGAUGAAUCCGCCCCAAGAAGCGACCCAGUGGGCGAAUCCAUGGCAGCCGCGACUGUUCUCCUCCAGUGCAUGGCUCAGAUAGCGAAGAACGGUGUUGCCCCCGACCGAGACCAGGAUCGAGAUGUGUUGGUCCCUUUCGUCCGUGACACCCUCCUUCGCCUCGAGGGAGCUCUCCGCAUAAUGGGGGUCGAUGGUCGCAGCUGGAGUCGCGUGGAAGAAGAGCUCAUGGCGCUGAUCGACGUCGUCCUUGCAGAGCAUGCGACCUUCCCCGACACAGCCCUCCCGCCCAACUUUGUCUCGACCCUGGAACAUGUGGUAGCCGCUCGGCGGGAGACCUUGUUGCCCGACCAGCGUUUCGAAUGGAUCGCUUCCGAAAUCAAGAUAUACGAUCGGCUACUGGAGCGCUUCAGAGACGUCCUGGCCCCCGCUCGCACGGCAGAGGAGGUAGUACCAGGUGUUUGA